AUGAACAAACCAUACCCACUCUCCCCACUCGACCACCUAUCACCGCACGUCCACGUCCCCAAGCUCCUCUAUUUCUCUUCCAAUUCAAAGUCCCAAGUUAUCAUUCAAACUAUCAAAGAUGGCCUUUCAGAAACUAUAUCGGCAUUUCCUGUCCUUGCCGCAUCGGUUGGGCCAUCCCGAGAACCAAAUUGUCAAAUAGGCUCACUUUCCGUGCAAGCUCCUUAUUUCAACGUCAAUGAAAUCCUUUCGGUGAAGGAUCUCAGUUCCAAAUAUGACUUUCAAAGUAUUCAAGCCAAUAAAUUUCCUACCGAUGCAGUUGAUGGAGAUGUGUUACCAGAUUUGGUAAGAAAUAACUCUCAAGUUUUUCUUGCACAAGCAAACAUCAUCCGGGGUGGCAUUGUUUUGGUUUGCGCCGUGCAUCAUUGUGUUAUGGAUGAAGCGGGAAUGUUUAAUGUUUUAAAAUUGUGGUCUACAUUCUGUCAUGGGGGAAAUGGUCAUGAAUUGGUGACUGAAGAAUGGAUUGAUAACUCUGCUCUGUUGCAAGGACAGGGAAUGGGUAAAUUGGAGGAUUAUCCAGAAUAUAAACUGUUGCCAGAGGAUUUAUCUUCCACGCCAUACGUUUCGAUUUCUUCAGAUGUAGUGGGAACGGGUGUAUUUUUCUUCUCAGACGAUUCUUUGCGACGUCUGAAAGAGCUGGCUAAUGAGGGUUCGGACGAUUCAUCUUGGGUUUCUACAAACGAUGCUUUGGUUGCACUCAUUUGGUCUAGGAUAACUUCGGCACGUUCAACUACUUCAAACUCCGUCGAGCCAUCUACUCCUUCACUGCUCGUCAUGACGGUCAACGGACGCAACCGCAUUCAACCUGCUAUGUCCCCAACUUUCACUGGAAAUGUUGUAUUGAUUGCCAAAUCCAAUAGCACGUUCUCUGAUCUGAUAUCAAUGUCCUCGAAUACUGCAGAUAUUGGAGCCAUCGCACGCAUCGUUCGCCAAUCAGUGCGUGACGUUGAUGAGGCGAGGGUUAAAGACGUGAUCAAAGCAAUCCAGAAGGUGUCGGAUCUUAACCGAUUAGAGCCAAGCGGCUUUGAAUCUUACCAACGUAAUGCUGGAUGCUCAUCUUGGUCGGGACAACCAUAUUACGGCUUGGAUUGGGGGGACAACCUAGGUGGUAAAUGCAAAAGAUUUAGGUGGAGAAGUUUGAAGACUGAUGGAGUCUUUGUCAUUUUCCCGAGAAUUCCCGGAGGCGAGGGAGAGAGAGCUGAAGAGGGGGGCUUGGAGAUUUGCAUGGGCUUGCGCAAAGAAUGUUUGCUGGCAUUGAGAGAGGACAAGGUUUUCGGUCAAUUCGCAGAGUGGAGGUGCUCUUGA